AGUUUUACUUGUUUUCCCCACUCCACUGCCUUGUCUUUCCGCCUCUUGGACAGAGGGUAUGAACUGUAUGAACAAAGAUCAUGGGUGCGCACAUAUCUGCCGAGAGACACCCAAAGGUGGGGUUGCCUGUGAAUGUAGGCCUGGCUUUGAACUUGCCAAAAACCAGAAGGACUGCAAAUUAACCUGUAACUAUGGAAAUGGAGGCUGCCAACACACCUGUGAUGACACAGAUACUGGUCCUGUAUGCGGUUGUCAUCAGAAGUAUGCCCUACACUCGGACGGCCGAACAUGCAUUGAGAAGGAUGAGGCUGCAAUUGAGAGUUCUGAGUUCAAUGCCACGUCAGUAGCUGAUGUGGACAAGCGGGUGAAACGGCGGCUACUUAUGGAAACAUGUGCUGUGAAUAAUGGAGGCUGUGACCGUACUUGCAAAGAUACAGCCACAGGAGUACGCUGCAGUUGCCCGGUUGGAUUUACCCUGCAGCCUGAUGGGAAAACAUGCAAAGAUAUAGAUGAGUGUCUGGUAAACAAUGGUGGUUGUGACCACUUCUGCCGAAACACGGUGGGCAGCUUUGAGUGCAGCUGCCAGAAAGGCUAUAAACUACUAACAGAUGAACGAACCUGCCAAGAUAUAGAUGAAUGUUCAUUUGAAAGGACAUGUGACCAUACCUGUAUCAACUAUCCUGGAAGUUUUGAAUGCCUGUGUCAUAAAGGUUACACAUUGUAUGGAAUGACGCACUGUGGAGAUAUUGAUGAAUGCAGCAUCAGCAAUGGGAGCUGUGACUAUGGAUGCCUUAAUACAAUGGGAACUUAUGAAUGUUUAUGUCCAUCUGGAAAGAAGUUACACUGGAAUAAAAAGGAUUGUGUUGAGAUGGUGAAAUGCCUUCCAAAUGCCAAGCCAGCUCCAAAAGCUCAGCUGGUCUGCAGCAAAUCAGGAGGAAUUGAGAGCUGUUUCUUAUCCUGUCCCUCCAACACACUUUUUGUCCCAGACUCAGAGAAUAGUUAUUCAGUAAGCUGUGGAGUGCCAGUGCAGCAGGGCAAAUCACAACAGAAACGCAACACUACACUUCCUAGCUGUGCAGACAUAUUAGCGCCGCCCAUCAAACAGAAGGCUCGGUUUAAAAUCAAGGAUGCAAAGUGUCACUUAAGGCCUCGCAGCAAAGAAAAAAUUAAAGAUGUCAGAAAGCAGCAGGCUGUUAUAGGAGGUCAGUUCCCUUGUACAGACAACUGCCAGGUGACCUUUGUGAACCUCAAGUGUGACUCCUCGAAGAAAAAACGUCGCGGCCGGAAAUCGCCAUCAAAGGAAGUAUCCCACAUCACUGCUGAAUUUGAAGUCGAGAUGAAAUCCGAGGAAGCCUCAGACACCUGUAACCUUGACUGUUUGCGGAAAAGGAUGGAACAGAAGCUACAAACUGCAAUCAAAACUUUGAGGAAAUCUAUUAACAAACAGCAAUUUUACAUUCAGUUUUCUGGGACAGAGUAUGAAGUUGCUCAGAAGGCAGCUAAAGUGGUCGCUGAAGGACAUGACCCUUGCAGUACAGGGCAAGUGCAGCAGGAUGGGAAGUGUGUUACCUGCAGCGCUGGCACCUUUUAUAGUGGAGAACAUAAUCAGUGCAUUCCUUGCUCACCAGGAACGUAUCAAGAUAGAGACGGUCAACUCUCUUGUGAACCUUGCCCAAGCAAUGAUGGACAGGGAGUAGCAGGAGCACGGAAUGUGUCAGAAUGUGGAGGGCAGUGUUCUCCUGGAUAUUUUUCUUCUGAUGGCUUUAGACCUUGUAGACUAUGCCCGCUUGGCACAUAUCAGUCUGAACCAGGAAGGACCCUUUGCUUUCCAUGUGGUGGAGGACUAGUGACCAAAUACGAAGGCGCUGUGUCAUUUCAGGACUGUGAAACAAAGGUUCAUUGUUCUCCUGGCCAUUAUUACAACUCUACAACCCACAGAUGUAUCAGAUGUCCUGUUGGAACUUACCAGCCUGAAUUUGGUCAAAACUACUGCAUCACCUGCCCUGGGAAUACCAGUACAGAUUUUGAUGGCUCUACUAAUGUUACACACUGUAAAAAUCAACAAUGUGGUGGGGAACUUGGAGACUACACAGGCUACAUUGAGUCUCCCAACUAUCCCGGAGAUUACCCAGCCAAUGUUGAAUGCAUUUGGAAUAUAAGCCCACCCCCAAAGAGGCGGAUUCUUAUAGUGGUCCCGGAAAUAUUCCUUCCCAUCGAAGAUGAGUGUGGUGAUGUUUUAGUAAUGAGGAAAAGUGCUUCACCCACAUCAAUUACUACCUAUGAAACUUGCCAGACCUAUGAGAGGCCUAUAGCAUUCACCUCCAGAUCACGCAAGUUGUGGAUUCAGUUCAAAUCAAACGAAGGGAACAGUGGGAAAGGAUUCCAAGUACCCUAUGUAACAUACGAUGAGGAUUAUCAACAGUUAAUAGAAGAUAUUGUUCGAGAUGGACGUCUAUACGCAUCAGAAAAUCAUCAAGAAAUUCUAAAAGACAAGAAACUGAUUAAAGCCCUUUUCGAUGUAUUGGCACAUCCACAAAACUAUUUCAAGUACACGGCACAAGAAUCAAAGGAGAUGUUCCCAAGAUCAUUUAUAAAGUUACUGCGAUCAAAAGUUUCCAGAUUUCUACGACCAUACAAAUAACUUCCUAGUGCUUUUCAUUU